CCGGCAGCUGAAUAAUGAUAAAAAAAAAAGAGAGAAAAACAACAGAGGGAAAACAGCAGCUUAAAAAUGCAGGGAUAACUGACAGGAGCAUGCAUACAGGUUUUGGAAAUGCAAUGACGUCUGAGAAAUGUUUUCUUUUGAAGUUUUGAGGAAGAGCAUGAUCGGUUUCAGAGGACAAGGGGGGGGUCAGAGGACGGGGUCCGGUGGCAGCCAGUGAAAGGACCCGAGCCCUCAUGUGAAACACAGAGGAAUUAAAAGGUAAAGGGCAGAGAAAAAGCAACAGAGGCAGACUGGCGGGCCGCAGACUGAACGUCAGGAUGGGUGUGAAGCGCAAGGCGGCCGCUGCUAUCUUGGUCCUGCUGCUGUGUCUUGGAUCACUGUGGCUGCAGGGAGGUUUGGACUAUCACUGGGAUUCCUGUUUAAAAGGUUACAAUCAAGUUAACAAGCCCCCGCUGCAGAAUCAGCCUCACCAGCUGUCCAACAGCAGCGAGGCAGACGAGACGCAGGGCCCGCCUGUUCUCGCUCUGUGCCCCGGCCAGAACUUCCAGGUGUCGGUGUUGGUCUCCCACCUGCUGGUUGCUCGGGCUUACACCUCGGAUGUGCUGCUGCAGCCGUAUCUGUCCAGCUGGGACGAACUUGUAAAGUUCAUGGAGUCUCUGGGCCCUAUGGUUAGUUUAAUAUCAAAGGAGAUAGAGACUAAGACUGCUAUAAUCCGCCAACUGGCCCUGCUUUCUGAGAAGGGCCCAGAAGAAGAGUUUGUCCCAGACAUGCACUCAGAAAACUUUGAAAACUCACAAACUGCGGUGAAAAAGUCUGCUGGGUAUUCGCAGGAUACGGGGGCCUACCACUCGGUGCGCUCAAUGAUUUGGACUGAGCUGAAUCGAGGCAUAGUCGAUUUCCACCACCAGACAGACUCAGGAUGCCGAACCCUUCUGCGACUCCAUCGAGCUCUGCUCUGGUUGAAACUCUUCCUGCAGAAGCUGGCAGAGACGCCGACGGCCGGACGGCUCAGGAGUCCCUCGGAUCUGUGUCGGGAGGCGUACCAGAACACCCUGUCUCAUCACCACACUUGGUUUGUCCGGCGGGCGGCCGAGUUGGCCUUCAUUGCCCUGCCGGAGCGAGGAUUUUUCUUCAGGCUGGUGUGUGUGCAGAACCAGGAGGAGCUGAGCGUGGUGUUAACCAGAGUAGUUAACGCCAUUGGAGAAAUCUAUGACAGGACACAGAAAGCACUGGAGGAAAAUGGCAUGCUGGACUUACCUUGACAAUGUGAAUCCUCUUUUUGUCUUUGAAAUCACUGUUAAACUUUCAAUUUCAAUCAAAAACGAAGCAAACCUUUCAAAACCAGCUGAGAAGACUAUUACUGAAGUCAAAAGAUAAACAGUCUGAGCUUAUCAUCGAAUUACCUUUGAGAUAAUUUGAUGAAACAGAUGACAAACGGAGGCACCAACUCAUUUAAUCGAGUAAAAACACCAUUAUAAAAGCAUCUGCGUAAAGCAUUUAACAAAGGAAGCAGUGUUUUGUGACUGAAUCAGACUUUAAUGGCUCUUGUUUGUGUAUCUUCCUCUGCCUGUUAGGGCACUUUUCUAUGGAUUAGAUAAUAACUGCCUGAUUAAGUGUGAAUAAUGUCAUGCGCAUUGAUUUUGUACGCUGAUGCCAACAAAUUGCCACAGCACCAGUCUCCCAUGAUGAGAGAGGUCUCAUGUGAAACAAUGACGGCAUGCUGCAUUUUAGAGUAAAUGUGCCAACAUGGCAGACAAUAAGAACAUUUUCUGUCAUACUUAGAAAAAUUAAGAUUUAGUAAGACAAGAAAAAAAGUACUUGGCAGUUUAAAAAAAUAAAAAAAAUGCUGCAAGAAGCCAAAAUAUGCAACUGUAUACAUUAAUCCAGGUCUGGAUGAGUCUGAAAAAAAAGGUUGUCCCUUUAUUCAUUCCUGUAUGUUUUUUUUUCCCCCUUCAGGUUAGAAGAGGUUAAAAUGUGUUAAAUGUAGCAACAUUGUCAUCAGAGUCUGGAAAAGUAUGACAUUUUUACCUUGACAUGCUGAUCACCGUUGUAAUGUGAUCAUUCAUCCAGCAGAGGCUCCAGUACUCUACUUUGGAGUAAUCUUUCUUUUACAACCCUGACAGACUUAUACAACAUAAGAUCAUGUAAUACAUCAAAGAAAAAUAAAUAAAUAGGCUUUAUGCAUUCAGCUUUCUUAAAGAAAGUAUCUUGCAACUAGCAUUCACUGGUUUACAUCAUACUAUUUUAAAAAACUUAUAAUGCUUCAUAAUCCUCACCUCCUGCCUUUCCUUUCAUUGCUGUCUUUCUAAGGAGGAGAGAAAAGAAAGGAGGGCUAAAGAUAUAGCUUGAAACCAUGGAAGAGAGCUGAAGCCAUUCUUUAUAACAGCAUUUACAUGAAAAAUAUGUUAGAUUGUAUUAUUAUGAUCCUACAUCAGAUUAUAUGUCUAAGUUUAAGCAGUUUUCUGUUAAAAAAUAAAUACAGAGAGUGAAUUUUGACUUUCACCAUAAUAACUUAGUUUAAAAAGUGUACAUAUCCCACCAAGUACCACUCAUUCUAUUUCAUAGCAUCAAAAGGCGAAAACAAAACUUCUACUAUUUAAGAUUAUCUCCAAAUUUCAGGGAAUGGUUUUGAUUUUUUUUUUAAGGGAGAUUCUGUUAAAAUAUUAUAAGCAGUCCAUAUCUUAUCUGCAGUAUAUUGUCCUCUUGGUGUCUUUAGCUUAGCAUAGACCCAGACUGGUUGGAGCAACAAGCGGAAGCUAACGGCUAGCUAGUCCAAGAACAGCCAAGACCAAAGCAAACUCGUAACUUCUUAAAGCAACGGCAGUCUUAGAAAUCUCCCAGUUUUUGUUUUUGUUUUUGUUUUUUGUUUAAGGCCGUUUUAUAAACCUUUAAACUGUUGCCAUGUUUGAAUUGGACAGUUACUUACAGAAAACCUGAUACGAGAAAAGGAGGUACGAGUCGGUGCAUCGCUAAUAGUCUUCCUGUAGGAAACAAACAUAUAGUAAGAAAGAUACAUGUGGGAUAUUAUGGAUAGAGUUAUUGGCUGAUUUAAAAGUAAAGCGGAAUAUUUUAGAGGUUUAGGUAAACUUCUACCUCCUACCUUUAUUUCCUUUCAAAGCAAACAUCAAUUUCGGUGUAAAUAAUACUCAAUGUAAACAUGAUGACUGAAUAAAGGUACAACUGCUAUGAUGUUUUUGAUUCUGAUCCCUCCAGACUUAUUGUUACACUCAGUGUCCAGUGUAAACUAAUAUGAAAUUAAACUAAACUAAAAUAGUUAAAUCACGAAUUACUUUCAACUAUAUGACUGACUGUCACAUAAAAAAUUGUGUACUACUACUUUAACAACUCUAAUCUAAAAAAGUGUUGAAACUUUUUUUUUGAAACUUUAAAUACUUGUCACAUUUGCGUGGAAUUGCUAUGUACCACUGAGAUUAUUUUGAGUGAGAUUACAGAAUAUAUUUACAAA